GAAAUAUACAAAACAGUUUGUAUAAAAAAAGAAAAUAUACUAAUGACAAAUCGGGAUGACCUUAGCUCUGCGGCCAAGCACAAACUUGUCGAAGCCGCGGCCCGUGCCAAAGUUCCACUUGACACUCUACCAUAUGAAAGCUACAAGUCGCCUUCUGGUGAGGAGUUUAAACUAUAUUGCCGCGCCAAGAGCGAUAUGGAUGCAAAGACCCUGAAAUGGACAUUUAAACUGGCGGAGCAGAAUGUCGGCCCAUUCUACAAGCAGCUUAAAAUGGGCUGGCAGCCAAAGAUUAAACAUUCUGAACUAAAUAAGAACUGGGCGCGUUUCUUGGUGGCCCAAAAUCAACAGAAGCAACCCGUGGCCUACACCAUGUUUCGCUUCGACAUGGACGGUGGCGACUGUGUGCUCUACUGUUACGAAAUACAAAUUGCUCCCGAGUAUCAAAGAAAGGGUCUUGGAAAGUUCAUGAUGCAAACGCUCGAGGCUUGUGCUAGGCUUUGGAAGUUGGAAAAAGUCGUGCUCACCGUGCUAAACAAUAAUUAUAACUCGUUGACAUUUUUCAAAGCGCUUGGCUAUACCAAGGAUGAGACUUCACCAGAUGUAUUGGAAGAGGCUGACUAUCAGAUAUUAAGUAAGUCCAUGCUGGGCUGAUUACUUUAAUCAUUUUAACAACAAUAUUUUAUGUGCGGUACAAACGAAAUAUAUAUCAA